AUGGCUCAGAAAUGGGCAGUUCUGGCUGUGCUCCUUUUCUUGCUAAUCAAUCUGGUUGAAGCUCACAAAAGGGUGAGUGUAGAGGCUGGCCAUGAAGUUGUGCUGAGUUGCCCCAACAUCUCCAAGGUGCCUUUGCUGCUGGUGACAUGGAAGAGGAAUUGCAAAAGUUGCUACUGCUUGUCCUAUAGAAGGGAUCAGAAUGAGACAAGAAGGCUGAACUGCAGUGAGAGGAUCACGUGGAAAUAUUCACCUGUCACUGACCCUGCACUUCGUAUUUACCCUGUGAACCUUGGGGAUGAGGGAAUUUACACCUGUGAAUUUGCCAACAGUGAAGGGAAUUUUCAUUUUCUCUUUUCUCUGAUUGUAAUAGUCCCUCCUAUGGUGACUCUGACCCGUGAUGAGAGCAGGGUGGCUGCCUGCCAGGCAUCUGCAGGAAAGCCAGCUGCUGACAUCUCCUGGAUCCCUGCAAGCAAUCACAGCUCUGAGGAAGAAUUCCAGCACCCCAAUGGAACAGUGACCAGAGUGAGCUACUUUGGCUGGACCAACAGCUCAUUUCCUUCUGUCACCUGCCAGGUCACCCAUGCAGCCAUGAACCAGACUCUGGUCAUUGACCUGAAAUACUCCUCUGUCCUUCAAACCAGAACAACCUCCCAUAGGCUUCUCUACAUCCUGACAGGAGCAGUUGCAGGUGUCGUUGCUGUCAUUGGUGUGCCUUUAUGCUUGAUUUUCAGGCGCAGAGCUUGCUGCUUACCUAAACGAGCACAGGCCCCAGCAGAACAUUUUACAACCAGAGCCUGGGAGUUCCCACCUUCACGUGCGAGAAGAGAAGCAGUCAAGCCUCCUGGCUCUCCGGAGAACAUCUAUGCGAAUUACAACCCAAGAUCUAUUUAUGUAUUCUUAGGAGAGCGUAGGCACAACUAG